CAUGUAUGAAGGUGUAUAUUUGUGGAAGGAUGAACUCACUCCACUCUAGAAUCAUUAGAUCAAACUCAGCAUGGUAGGUUUUUAUGGUAUUUUAGAUUUGUAGCAGCCGUCGCCGUCUUCCCUCCCGUUGUUCUUCAUUCGUCGAGUUGGGCUCGGGCCAGGCUUUUCAGUUUUCAUAGACGGGCUCUGGAUGGCGACAAGGGCACCGGGCCCAACCUAGACCACGUAUCGGCCCUUGCGGUACCCACAAGGGCACCGGCUUCCUUCUUGAGGUUUCUCCAUCGCCCUCGGCGGGAGCUCCACCUCGGCGUUGCUCAACGCGUCGACUACGUGCGCUAUCAGAUCACAUCGUUAGCCAGGUUUCCUCUUCCUGCCUUCCUCGAAGCCUAGGAGAGAAAGAGAGAUAGAGCGAAGAGAGCGAUGAAGGAUUUCCAGGUGAACGAGAGCAGUCUCUCCCUCGCCCUCUUCACCGACGUCACCAACAGCAAGGAGCUUCUUGAUGCUAUGCGGGCUGGAAGGCUAGAACCAGAAGUGGCCCUUCUCAAUGCAUCGCUUAUACCGGAUGUCUUUCCUGUUUUAGCAGCAGCGCAUAAGGCACUUCUUGCCAAAUCAAGGGAAUCACUGUCAACGCGUACUCUUCAUUCGGAGCUAGUUUAUAAUUAUUCUGGAUCCAAGCAUAUAACAGAGUCCUUGAAGAGAUGUGGAAUUUCUGAUGAUACAACCUACAUUCUUGCAGCUCGUUUUGGUGCUUCUCAUGAUGAGAUGAAGGAUAUUGAGAAGCUCAUCAGUGGCAAAGAGAUUGAUUUGGAAGAGUUGGAAGGGAGAGCUAACCAUGCACAGAUCCAAAAGCACUAUAAAGUAUCCCCACAGGAAUUGGCAAUAUCUUCCCUCGCCGAUGCAAUCACCUGCAGGAUUGCAGCUCGAGAUGCCCUGUGAGAAUUUUCAAGGAUCGACAUGUAAGCUGGGCUAUCGAUCAUUUGCUUAUGGAAAUUAGUAUGUAUCAUCUGCACGCCUCUUUUGCAUGUUCUUAACUGAAAUUGGAAGAAGGUGCAUGAGCAUGAAAUUGGAAAUCUGCAAGAUAUGAAACCUUUGGCUAUGACACUCGAUGCAUGAUAAAUUGUCAGAUUAACUGCA